AGGCAAACAUUAUUAACACUUAAAAAGAAAACAUUACUAACUUUCCACUUUUAUUUUCUAACAGGUGAAAAGUGAAUACUUACGUUUUACAGAAACCCAGCCACCCUUCAGCGGCAUCCUAAGGCAUCCUAGGAAGAGAGAGAGGGAGAGAGAGAGAGAGAGAGAGGGAGGCGUGUGGAAGGCAGAAGCAUCGUUUGAUCUGAUAGGGAUGGGGGAGAGUGCAGAAUCGCAGUCAUUCUUCCGGAGGCACUGGGAAGGCUGGAAAGAUUUCUGGGUUGAGAGGUUUUCGAUCAUUGAUAACUACUCCAGGUUCAUCAAACGAGAAAAUCCUCUCCCAUCGUGGUCUGAUUCUGAUGUUGAGGCCUUCAUCGCUUCCGAUCCUGUUCAUGGCCCCACCCUGAAGACUGCCAGGGAAGCUGUGAAGUUUGCUGCUACCGGUAGUGUUAUUGGAGCAGUUUCAACUGCUGCUAUUUCCUGGAAGUAUUCAAGGAGUCCACAUGGUGCUUUGUUGUCUUUUGGAGCGGGAGCUGUGUUUGGUUGGACGUUUGGGCAGGAAUUUGCAAGCCACUGGCUGCAACUAUACCGGUUGGAUACCAUGGCUGCACAGGUGAAGUUCUUGGAGUGGUGGGAGAACAAAGCUGGAGGAAGAUCGUAAGGGGUGCUGUCGGCUGCAUAUUGAAACUUUGUUUCCUUCUCUAUAAUAAGAACCAAGUUCCCUGUUGUUGGAAAUAGAAUGUUUGAACACUGCUUUUGCUUUAUGGAGGAGAAUCUCUCAGUUAGUCUCCUGGGGGAUAAAGUCCAUGAUCUUCAUUUUGCAUUUCAUCUGUCAAAAAAUGCAGCCUACUGCAGAUUUUCCUGUUAUGCCGUUUCUUUUUGAACAAUAAGAAAUUUAAGUAAAUGACAAGGGCGACAAUUAGAAUUUUCUUC